AUGCUCCUGCCUCUUCUGCAGGUUCAUGGUCCCCAGGGCACACCAGUGACUCCCAGAUCUCUUCACCACCCCCGCGCCUACUUUUCCCACUCUGGCACUCCAAUGCCCAGUCAGUUCAGGGAAGACAGGAGACAGAGCUCAGGUCAGCCCCUGCCAGCUCCAGAGCUGUUACCCUCUCUCCCCCAUCCCUCUUCAGUGGCCUGUGACCAGGACCCCGUCUACCUGCCCGCAGCCCUGGAGCUCCUGGAUGCCCCCGAGCACUUCCGCGUGCAACAGGUGGGCCACUACCCGCCUGCCAACUCCUCCCUGGGCUCCCGAUCUGAGACCUUUCUGCUCCUGCAGCCCUGGCCCCGGGCCCAGCCGCUUCUCCGGGCCUCCUACCCGCCAUUUGCCACUCAGCAGGUAGUACCCCCUCGGGUCACUGAGCCCCACCAACGGCCAGUCCCAUGGGAUGUGCGGGCCGUUUCAGUGGAAGCGGCUGUGACGCCAGCAGAUCCCCAUGCCCGGGUCCUCUUCCACCUCAAGGGGCAGGAUUGGCCACCGGGGCCUGGCAGCCUGCCCUGUGCCCGGCUGCGUGCCACACACCCUGUAGGCUCUGCUCACCGAGCCUGCCGGUUCCAGCCAUCUCUGGGUGCCUGUGUGGUGGAGCUGGAGUUCCCCUCGCACUGGUUCUCCCAGAGCUCCGGUUCGCGGGCUGAACUGGCCUACACGCUGGAGCCUGCGGCCGAGGGCCCUGGGGGCUGCAGCCUCGGUGGGGAGGAUGAUCCUGGGGAGCAGGCCCUCCCAGUGGGGGGAGUGGAGCUGCGCCCGGCAGACCCCCCUCGGUACCAGGAGGUGCCUCUGGAUGAGGCUGUGACCCUGCGGGUGCCCGACAUGCCAGUGCAGCCCGGCCAGCUCUUCAGUGCCACCCUCCUGCUUCAGCACAACUUCACGGCCAGCCUCCUGACCCUGCGGAUCAAGGUGAAGAAGGGGCUGCAUGUGGCGGCCGCCCGCCCAGCCCAGUCCACCCUCUGGACCGUCAAGUUGGACCGCUUCAAGGGCUCCAAGCACCACACCACCCUCAUCACCUGCCACCGUGCUGGGCUCCCCGAGCUGGACUCCAGUCCCCUGGGACAGUCCGCGUUCCUGUGGGUGGACUUUGUGGUGGACAACAGCACAGGUGGGGGUGUGGCGGUCACGCGCCCCGUCACGUGGCAGCUGGAAUACCCAGGCCAGGCCCCCGAAGCAGAGAAGGACAAAAUGGUGUGGGAGAUCCUGGUAUCAGAGCGGGACAUCAGAGCUCUCAUCCCGCUGGCCAAGGCCGAGGAGCUGGUGAAUACGGCGCCACUGACUGGAGUGCCCCAGCAUGUCCCCGUGCGCCUUGUCACCGUGGAUGGCGGGGGGGCCCUGGUGGAGGUGACAGAGCAUGUCGGCUGCGAGUCGGCCAACACACAGGUCCUGCAGGUGUCUGAGGCCUGUGACACAGUGUUCGUGGCUGGCAAGGAGAGCCGGGGCGCUCGGGGGGUGCGGGUGGACUUCUGGUGGCGCCGACUCCGGGCCUCGCUGCGGCUGACCGUGUGGGCCCCGCUGCUGCCCCUGCGUAUCGAGCUGACCGACACCACCCUGGAGCAGGUCCGCGGCUGGAGGGUACCUGGCCCUGCAGAAGGGUGAGUGAGGCCCGAGGCAGCCGGCAGGCCUUGGCGAAGUCUCUCUGGGACUGAAGGGGUACAGGGGGCACAGCCAUGGGCCCCAGCUGGGGUCUGAAAAACUGCCCAGAUGCUGCAGUUCCUUCUUCCCAUCUCUGCCCUCGACCUCCCAACCUCUAGGGUUCUGUCUGUUCUGGUUGCUGCGCUGGAGGGCGGCCGCGUGCUGGUGGGCCGGGAGCCGGGCGUCACGUCCGUCGAGGUGCGAUCCCCGCUGUCUGACUCCAUUCUGGGCGAGCAGGCGCUGGCUGUGACGGAUGACAAGGUCUCAGUGCUGGAGCUACGGGUGCAGCCGGUGAUGGGCAUCUCACUGGCCCUGAGCCGGGGCACUGCCCACCCUGGAGAGGUCACAGCCACAUGCUGGGCACAGUCGGCCCUUCCCGCCCCAAAGCAGGAGGUGGCCCUCUCCCUGUGGCUGUCUUUCUCUGACCACACCCUGGCCCCUGCCGAGCUGUACGACCGCCAUGACCUGGGACUGUCUGUCUCAGCCGAGGAGCCUGGUGCCAUCCUGCCGGCCAAGGAGCAGGGUGCCCAGCUUGGGGUGGUGGUGAGUGGAGCGGGUGCCGAGGGGCUGCCCCUGCACGUGGCUCUGCACCCGCCCGAGCCCUGCCGCCGGGGCCGCCACCGUGUGCCCCUGGCCUCUGGCACUGCCUGGCUGGGGCUGCCCCCUGCCUCCACCCCAGCCCCGGCCCUCCCAUCCAGCCCUGCCCGGAGCCCACCAGUCACAGAAGCCAGCACUGGCAGCGAACAGCGCGUGGCUGGCAAUGCGGGGGGCAGCGUGGGUGUGAGGGGCAAGUUUGAGCGGGCAGAGGAGGAGGCCAGGAAGGAGGAGGAGGAGAGGGCAGGGACCAGGGAGGGGGAGGAGGAGGAGAUGGUUCCUGCCCCUCAGCGAGUCACCGACCUAGAGCUGGGCAUGUACGCCCUUCUGGGGGUCUUCUGUGUGGCCAUCCUCAUCUUCCUGGUCAACGGUGUGGUCUUCGUGCUGCGCUAUCAGCGCAAAGAGCCCCCCGACAGUGCCACCGACCCCACCUCCCCCCAGCCCCACAACUGGGUCUGGCUGGGCACAGACCAGGAGGAACUGAGCCGCCAGUUGGACCGGCAGUCCCCUGGCCCGCCCAAGGGGGAGGGGAGUUGUCCCUGCGAGAGCGGGGGAGGAGGGGACGCCCCCACCCCAGCCCCCGGCCCCCCUGGGGACGCCACUGGCGCCUCCAGCACCCUGGCUCGAAAGGAAGCCGGGGGGCGGCGGAAGCGUGUGGAGUUCGUGACGUUCGCGCCAGUCCCCCCAGCCCAGCCGCCUGAGGAGCCUGUGGGGGCCCCCGCCGUGCAGUCCAUCCUGGUGGCAGGCGAGGAGGACAUCCGUUGGGUGUGUGAGGACAUGGGGCUGAAGGACCCCGAGGAGCUUCGCAACUACAUGGAGAGGAUCCGGGGCAGCUCCUGACCCCUCCCCAGCCCAGGGGGCGGAGAUGGGGUCCCCCAAGCCUCUCGUCUGCCCCUUCCGCUCAGCCUCUGGUGCUUGUUUACCCAAGUCCCCUGCCUGGCCCCCUGCAAGGACUCCCACCCAGGCCCCUCUGCCCUGCCCCUUGUCAUGGACAUGGUCGUGAGGAAGGGCUGUGCCCCUUAUUUAUGGGAACCAUUGCAUUCUAAUGUUGGGUACAGAAUAAACUGAGAAGGAAACCGCC